AUGAGUGAUUUUCAAUUCAAUAUUAAACAUGCUGGUAAGGUAUACCCAAUAACGUUAAGUUCUGAAGCUGUAGGCUCGGACUUACGCGCUAAGGUUGAAACUUUGACCCUAGUUCCUCAAGAUAGACAAAAGUUUAUGGUAAGAGGUGGAUUAACAGAUAACAGCACUGUAGUUUCUUCAGUAAUCAAGCCGAACUCUACUGUAAUGGUUCUUGGUACUCCAGAUGCCAAUUUGAUUCUCAAACCAACUGAUGAUACAAAGUUCUUGGAGGACUUGUCUGAGAAGGAAAGAUCGAUGCAGGAAGAUGCUACCCCAGUGGGUCUAAGAAACAUGGGCAAUACUUGUUAUUUUAAUGCUUCAUUACAGGCUUUAUACAGAAUCAAACCUCUAAGGGAAAAAGUACUAGCAUUCAAUGAAUCGAACCCCGAUCUACAUGGUCAAUUGGUGGCUCAACUCAAACAAUGUUUCAAUGCCUUUGCACAAAGGAAGGAAAAAGCGUUCACCCCUAUUAUAAUGCUAACAAUUCUUAGAAAGAUUUACCCCCAAUUUGCGGAAAAGGACCCAUCCACCGGUUUCUACAAACAACAAGAUGCAGAAGAAUUAUUUACGCAGUUGCUUCACACAGUGGAUGCUGUGUUCGGUGAAUCUCUAUCUUCCAAGUUUGAGAUUGAAUUUAAAACCACCAUCACCGACACAUUGAACGAGACCGAUGUUCAAACCAAGGUAGAAAGUGAUAAAAAAUUACAAUGCCAUAUCUCUAGCACGACGAAUUUCUUGAAGAACGGUCUCACUGAAUCACUAGUUGAAAAAGUGGAAAAGAGAUCUGAGGUGACUGGUUCAAACUCCAUUUUCGAAAACUCCAAAAAGAUUACAAAACUACCAGAAUACUUAACAGUGCAGUUUGUGAGAUUUUACUGGAAAAAAUCUACUGGAAAGAAGUCCAAGAUUCUACGUAAAGUGCAGUUCCCAUUCCAGCUCGAUGUUGCGGAUCUUUUGACGCCAGAAUAUGCAGCAGAAAAGAUUAAAAUGAGGGAUGAAUUACGUGAAGUUGAUAAGCUCAGAGAGGAUGACUUUAAAGAAUUCAACAAGAACAUCCAAGAACAUGUUCCGUUAUCCUUAUCGCCAGCGGAAAGGUACGAGACACAGAUGGCUCUAGAAGAGAGUAAAAGGGAGCAUUGGGCUACUGAGUUUGCUAAGAAGUUCCCCAAGGAUUUGAGACCUGGCGAAAACCCAUCGUCUGUUUACAAUUUGAUUGCAGUUAUUACACAUCAAGGUGCUAACUCGGACAGUGGACAUUACCAAUCAUUUGUCAGAGACGAGGUCGAUGAGCAAAAAUGGUACAAAUACAAUGAUGACAAGGUGUCAGUUAUUUCUCAAGACAAGAUCGAACAGCUUGCUGGUGGUGGUGAAAGCGACAGUGCGCUAAUUCUCAUCUACAAGGGUCUCGGGUUGUAG